AUGAAGCCCACGUCUCGGUCCAAAUCAGCCCAUCUACGGCCUACUUGUAAUUCACCUCCAAGGAAGCGAUUGUGUGUGGCAGAUGGCAUUUGUGAUGGCAAGGACAAGAAGCUUAAAGACACCUGCAAGGCACUGAAAACAAGUCAUCAGAUGUCUGUAGAGAAGGUGCACAAAGGAAGCAAAGAGGUGAGGUUGAAGAUAAAGAUAAUGGGGAGAGGUGGGAAUUUGUUGAACAAGAAUGAGUGGAAGCCAGUGGGGAAAGACUUGCAGAAAAACCCGAUAUGUAAUCCAAAGCGAACCAAGGAAAAGAGUGUGGAAGGGUGUUCUCAGGAAAGUGACAUCAAAGCAUGGAAGGGAAAUGAAACAUUAGAAGGUGAAGUUAGGUCUUGGGGAAGUAAGGUGUGCACUUCCAAGGGAUUUGAAACUGUGAACGAUGAAUCACACCUUUGGGAAAAUUUCCCCAGUGACCAGGGAUGGGAAGUUAGAUCCUUUAGUUCUCUCAUUAGGGAGAUAAUUAAUGAGGAAGUGGCUUGUGCCAAACGUACAGAGGUGGCUGCUGAGAAACCUUGUGAUGAAAAUUCUAGGUCAAAAUGUGAAAAUGAAUUUGAUGAUAAACAGAAACAAGAUACAAAUAGGGUUGUUGAGGAUAACGCUGAUGAACAAGUUCGCUUUUACUCCAUCCCAGAAGUUGUGGAACGUUUUCCUGUGGACAUGGAUGUUAAGGUUGUGUCUACCAGAUUUACAAAUGAACUUCCUCAAACUAAUGGAUUAAGUGGAUCAUAUAAUUAUGCCAGUACAGUAGGAGACAAGGGCGUACUGACCCUGCACAGUACAACAGUGAAUGCUGGGAAUUUAUCUGUGGAGUCUGUGAAAUGUUCAAAUAAUCCCACUUUUGCAGCUGUUAAUCCUCUGGUCUUGGGAGAAUAUACAGAAGCUCAUUGUUACAGUUACCGUCUGUGCAAAGUUUUACUCCAAGAUAUCAGAUUAAAGGGUACAAAUUGUUACAUAGUGGAGAGGGAAGGUGACUGUGACCCUGUACCCGUAGAAGGUGACAGUGACUCUGUGCCUGUAGAAGGUGACAGUGACUCUGUACCUGUAGAAGGUGACUGUGACCCUGUACCUGUAGAAGGUGACUGUGACCCUGUACCUGUAGAAGGUGACUGUGAUCCUAAGGUGACUGUGAUCCUGCCUGUAGAAGGUGAAGGUGACCCUGUACCUGUAGAAAGUGACGGUGACUGUGACCCUGUACCUGGAGAAGAAUGUGAUCCUGUGCCUGUAGAAGGUGAAGGUGACCCUGUACCUGUAGGUGACUGUGACUCUGUACCUGUAGAAGGUGACUGUGACCCUGUACCUGUAGAAGGUGACUGUGACUCUGUACCUGGUGACUGUGUCCCUGUACCUGUAGAAGGUGAAAGUGACUGUGACCCUGUACCUGUAGAAAGUGACUGUGAUCCUGUGCCUGUAGAAGGUGACUGUGACCCAGCACCUGUAGAGGUGAAGAGAGGUGACUGUGACCCAGCACCUGUAGAAGGUGAAGGUGACUGUCCCUGUACUGUAGAAGGUGAAGGUGACUGUGACCCUGUACCCGUAGAAGGUGACAGUGACUCUGUGCCUGUAGAAGGUGACAGUGACUCUGUACCUGUAGAAGGUGACUGUGACCCUGUACCUGUAGAAGGUGACUGUGACCCUGUACCUGUAGAAGGUGACUGUGAUCCUGUACCUGUAGAAGGUGAAGGUGACCCUGUACCUAUAGAUGGUGACUGUGACCCUGUACCUGUAGAAGGUGACAGUGACUCUGUGCCUGUAGAAGGUGACAGUGACUCUGUACCUGUAGAAGGUGACUGUGACCCUGUACCCGUAGAAGGUGACAGUGACUCUGUGCCUGUAGAAGGUGACAGUGACUCUGUACCUGUAGAAGGUGACUGUGACCCUGUACCUGUAGAAGGUGACUGUGAUCCUGUACCUGUAGAAGGUGAAGGUGACCCUGUACCUAUAGACGGUGACUGUGACCCUGUACCUGUAGAAGGUGACUGUGAUCCUGUACCUGUAGAAGGUGACUGUGUCCCUGUACCUGUAGAAGGUGAAGGUGACCCUGUACCUAUAGACGGUGACAGUGACUCUGUACCUGUAGAAGGUGACUGUGACCCUGUACCUGUAGAAGGUGACUGUGAUCCUGUACCUGUAGAAGGUGAAGGUGACCCUGUACCUGUAGAAAGUGACGGUGACUGUGACCCUGUACCUGGAGAAGAAUGUGAUCCUGUGCCUGUAGAAGGUGAAGGUGACCCUGUACCUGUAGGUGACUGUGACUCUGUACCUGUAGAGAAGGUGACUGUGACCCUGUGUCCUGUACAAGGUGACUGUGUCCCUGUACCUGUAGAAGGUGAAAGUGACUGUGACCCUGUACCUGUAGAAGAAGGUGACUGUGACUCUGUACCUGUAGAAGGUGACUGUGACUCUGUACCUGUAGAAGGUGACUGUGACUCUGUACCUGUAGAAGGUGACUGUGACCCAGCACCUGUAGAAGGUGAAGGUGACUGUGUCCCUGUACCUGUAGAAGGUGAAAGUGACUGUGACCCUGUACCUGUAGAAAGUGACUGUGACCCUGUACCUGUAGAAAGUGACUGUGAACCUGUACCUGUAGAGGGUGACUGUGAUCCUGUACCUGUAGAAGGUGAAGGUGACUGUGACCCUGUACCUGUAAAAGAAGGUGAAGGUGACCCUGUACCUGUAGAAGGUGACUGUGAUCCUGUACCUGUAGGUGACUGUGACCCUGUACCUGUAGAAGGUGAAGGUGACUGUGACCCUGUGCCUGUAGAAGGUGAAGGUGACUGUGACCCUGUACCUGUAGAAGAAGGUGACUGUGAUCCUGUACCUGUAGAAGGUGACUGUGAUCCUGUACCUGUAGAAGGUGAAGGUGACCCUGUACCUGUAGAAGGUGACUGUGAUCCUGUACCUGUAGAAGGUGACUGUGAUCCUGUACCUGUAGAAGGUGAAAGUGACCCUCUACCUGUAGAAGGUGUAGGUGACAGUGACCCUGUACCUGUAGAAGGUGACUGUGACCCUGUACCUGUAGAAGGUGACUGUGAUCCUGUACCUGUAGAAGGUGACUGUGAUCCUGUACCUGUAGAAGGUGAAAGUGACCCUCUACCUGUAGAAGGUGUAGGUGACUGUGACCCUGUACCUGUAGAAGGUGACUGUGACUCUGUACCUGUAGAAGGUGACUGUGACUCUGUACCUGUAGAAGGUGACUGUGACUCUGUACCUGUAGAAGGUGACUGUGACUCUGUAUCUGUAAAAGGUGAAAGUGACAGUGACCCUGUACCUGUAGAAGGUGACUGUGGCUCUGUACCUGUAGAAGGUGAAAGUGCUCAUCAUGGCUUUACAGCUCUGGUAAUAGCAGAUCAUUAUUACGCAUCUGUAAGAGGUAACAUCAAUUUUGAAGCUAAAACAUCAAGGUUGGAAAGUGACCAUAACCAGAUUUCUGUUGCACAUGAAGGCAGUUGCAGACAAGUGUCUCCCACAGUGGAAAGUAAAGCCGUGGAAAGAUGUGUAGAAGUGGAUGAGGAGUCUGACUCUAUUGGUGUGAGCAAAGGAGGUAAAGUUGACAGUGAAAAGGAGGUAGAGCCAGUCUGUCAGCCUAUAGAAGAGAAACACAGUGCUGAUGAUCUACCACAUACCAUACAGAGAGAACCGGAGCUUGAUUUGACAACCGGAAGCAUAACACAUGAUGGUAUCACACAGAUAGAAGGAAAUUUUUAUGUUGAUAUUCAACCAUGCAUCAGAGAUACUGGAGUGGCUGAACUUGACAUGAUGGUUGCAAGAACAAAACCUGGUAGUAAUACGGGCAAUGCCACAGACCUGCACAAUCAAGCAUUGGAUGCAUUAACUGUUGAAAAAGAAGAUGGAGCUGGACUAUCAAUCAUUGAGAAGCUUAGUGCUGCAGCUGAUGAUAGAAAUAUUAAGGUAGAUGAUGUCUCUGACUCGGCUGGGAGAUGUGUUUCUAUGUGUGAGCCUCUUUCAAAAGGACACACAAUGGAAGUGCUUGACCAGUGUUACCAGGAGAAAAAUGAUGGGUUAGAAAGGAAUAUUUCUUGCGUUAUAUCUAGUGCAAGUAAAGAGGGGCAGCCAGCAGAUAAAGAUGCCAAGGACAGUUAUGCAUCGGAGCACCUACUUUCCCUGCUGCAGUUAUCAGGCGCUCUAAGUAAUAACAACAACCUCCUCCUGCUCCCUAGACCUUUUCUCACUGUGGAAAUGGUAAUGGCAGCCAUUAAUAUAAGUUUAUUCAGUGCAAAUGAUGUUUUUUCUUGGAUUUGCAAGAUUUGUAAAUCUAAGAACAGAAGGUACACAGCACUGUUUGAACGUCAGUUCCUGCAGUAUCUUCUAUUGUAUGAGUACAUUACUAAAGAGGUCCAUCUAGAUCAAAAAGAGGCAUGGAAAAAUCUUAUUCAGCAAUCAAUAUAUCGUAUACCAAGAGGUUCUGGCAUUAGUCUGAUAUUUGGGACAAUUCCUGCGCUGUGUAAGAAGGAAGGAAUAUAUCAUUUUCCACAUAGUUGUAUGGAUAAGUGUACUUGUGGGGAUAAUUUUUUUGGCCCAUUAGGAAACCAGAGGAAGGAUGGCACUCAAGGGUACUUGAAAAAUGAGAUUGCAAGGUUACGAUUGGAACUGAAGGGCAAGGAGGAAGAGAUUAGGUGUCAGCAAGAAAAUUCAAAGGAGGAGGUUAUAAAACUCAAGGAAGAACUCUGUAGACAACAAGACAUAUUGAAAUUUGAUGAUGCCUUGAAGGCCGAACUUAAAAGUGCCUGGUGUAUAAUACAGACCCACAGGCAGGGGACCGACCACCUGUUAAAUCAAACUACAGAGGGUGAGGAAAUAUACCUCAUAAAACCCCAUGAUGUUUUGGUUAUCCUACAGCAAAUAGUUUUUGAAAAAGAAUCCAAUAUCAUUCAAAUCCAAAAGAAGUUGAAUACCUCUGAGGAUAAGUUAAAAGCAAGAGAUAUAACUAUCAGCCAACAACAAGAAUCAAUGUGCAAGAGUGAAUGUGAGAUGGCCAAAACUAAAGCUCAUAUAAAGCAGCUGCAGAAGGAGGUCAUGUCUACUAAGAGUAAGUUAGAAGAUUGUAAGAAUGUAAUAUGUAAUCAGCAGAAACAGUUGAAGAAAUGGAAUAAUAUGAGUUUUGACAAGCCACACGAGGAAAACUUGGCAAGAUUGCGAUUAGAGAAAGAACUCUGGAAACGUGACCAGCUGAUUCACCAACAGAAAGAGGAAAUAGCCCAGUUGGAGAGUGCAGCAAAAGCAGGUGUAUCUCUCAGUGGUCAAUUUCAAUAUCUUCAGACAUUACAUAGCCAGUUAGAAUACGAUUUACAACAAAAAGAAACCUUGAUACAGACAUUGAACCAAGAACUUAAUUCAUGUAAAAACAUCAAUUAUGCAAAAGAAGCUUAUAUUAAGAAGCUUCACGAUGAAAGAAAUACAUACUCAAAAACUGAACUGGAAGAGCGGCUUGUUUAUUGUAAUUCACUCUUAGUAGAAAAAGACAAUAGAAUCAGUGCUCUGCAAAGGGAUCUAACCACAUUACAAGAGAAGGAAAAGGAGAAAGAAACCCAUGUGGAGAGUCUUGAGAAAGAGCCGAGUUAUUAUAUGAGUGCCUCAGAAGAGCCUGAAGCCACAAGUUCCAAUGACAGAUGUUCAGUUACCAAAGAUUUCCAUGACCUCAACCUCCAGAAAUAUCAAGAUCAGAAAUACUUACAAAAUCACCCCAUGGGCAAAAUUACUGGAAAGAAAAUUAGUAAAGAUUAUAAAUAUUGUAAGGUAUGUGCAGAAUAUGUUUUACUGUUGAAGAAGAAGGAUGAACAAGUGAAGUUAGGUACAGAUAGCAUACUGGAACUGGAAAAAGAAGUGAUUUAUUUAUAUAAACAAUUGAAGGACAGUCCAUCCACAGACAAGAAAACUAUACUACUUGAACAUAGAUCGAAAGUUUCAGAACUCAGACGUUGCAUUUGUUCUCGAGAGCAAAUGAAUGCACAGUUAGAGGAGAGACUUAGAGCUCAGGAGAUGUCAAUCAAGAAAUUGAUAAGUCACAUUGAGACUAAAGAUGUUAUACUGAGUUAUUUACACCAACAAUGUAAUAAGAGUGAUACAUCCCCUGAGGUCUGUCAGGGAGAGAGAACUUUUUCACUUGUGACAGAUGACAGCAAACAUAAGUUUCUGGAUGACCCGGAAGACAGUUGUGGUUUAGUGAUGCAAAGGUCUCCUAAACAGUUAAAGAUGGAAACUUCAGAUAAAAUAUCUCUGAACCCAAUAAUUGAGGACUUACAUUCAUCUACUACUCGAUGGGUAUCCUUGGUUAGGCACCCUGAGACUUCACAAGAAAACACAGACAAAACAGUAGAAGAAGAUUGUGUACCAAGUACUUCUGCUGCUAAAGAAGCAAAUUGCAAUAAAAAAGUAGUUAUUAAAGAACUACAACACACGAAAAUCACUCUCUCCGAUUACCGUGUGAGAAAUAAACAACGGGAACAUCUUAAAACAAUAGUAGAGGAAAAUCCACCUUUACCUUGUAGUUCAUACAGCAGCAAACAGGGCAUGAAGAGGAAGAACUGUGUCACAGAAGUGGUGAAAACUUGUAUGGACAACUCAAGUUCUGGGUCAGAAUGGAAGAACAAACAUUCAGAGAAAAAGAGAAAGAUUAUUUCAAGUGAAAACUUUCACACAGAAUUAGAUAUAAAAAAGAACCCUAAAACCUGUUCAGGGCCUGGAAAAUACAGAAGUGCUGUAAAAGAAUCAUAUCAAACAUUACCACCAAGAUCAACAUCAAAUAAACCAAGAAGUUACAAAUGUACACAGCAGCCAUCAGAAGGCUGUGGGGAGGAAAAGAAUCAGAAGAAUUAUAGGGAGGAGUUAGUGAGAUUAAAAAAGGUGUUAGAGCUUUUCAAAGUGAAGAAUGAAAAGGUUUAUGAAGAAAAGAAGAAAUUAGAGAAGAGACUUUGUGAAAGAGAGAUAACUAUGGCUCAGCUGGUGAAAGAUAAGAGUAAUGUAGAGAUGCAGCUGAGACAGAGUGAUACAGCUCUGGCCAUAAUAGAGAAUGACCGAGGGAGGAUAUAUGCUCUUCACCAAAUACUUGAGCAUAAUCAUCAGAAUGCAAUAAAUACCAAGAAUGAACUCGUUGAUCUUAUCUUCCUAAAAGAGGAGGCCCUGAAGUUGUCUCAGGAGGAGGUGACCACAUUGAAAUUGAUCAUAGAGCAAAGUCACAAAUCACACAGAGAUGAUGUGGAAGAGUUGAAACGAUGUAUUAUUGUGAAGGGUGCAGAUAUUGAUAGACUAAUGGUUGAGAAUAAGAUGCUGAAGGAGGUGUGUAAGGAAAAUGAGAAUUUACUCAAAAUUACUGAGCAGUUAAAAAAGGAUCUAUAUGAGAAAAAUAAUAUGGUGGAUGCACAAAGAAUUGAGAAAGACUUGUUGAUGAAAGAACUAAAAGAAAAAGACAUGAACCUUAAAAUUAAACUGGAAGAAAAGGUACAGUUAGAAACUAUCUUGCAAGAACAGCUGACAAAUGUAAUCACUAUAGAAGAGGAAAAAAAUUGUUUGGAACGGAAAUUAUUGGAGAUUGAGACCAAAAUCAAAUCCAUAACAGAAGAAAACCUUGAUAAAGAAAAAACAGUGAGAGAGAGUGAGCAGGAGGCAGCAUUGUUAAGGCAAAAGGUAGAAGCUUUGGAAGCCACUUUAGUGGAAAAAACGAGAGAUUUAUCAUUAAUGCAAAAAGAGUUACGUAACAUACAAAUAUCAAGAAAAAAAGAUUUAGUUCUUGCAGAGAAACAAAAACAAGAAUUGGCUAAACUACAGCUUCAAGUCUCCAGUGAACACAUAUUUGAGAAAGAGAGAAUGGAAGCUCUUGUCCACAGUCUUAAGAAUACCAUCAUCUCUGAGAGGGAAAAGUCAAGAAUUAUUAAAAAGGAAGCAGAUGACAAAUUAGCUCUGGGAGAACAAGAAAUGCUUACACUCAAGAGAUAUAAAGAACACGUGGAUAUAGAAAUUAGGGAAAAUACUCAGAAAUAUUUAGCAAGUCAGAAAGAAUUAGAGGAGGCACAUAAAGCAAAUACAAUCCUCUCAGACCAGUUCAAAGACAUUCAAGCCAACAGGUGUUUGAUUAGAAAGGAAUUAAAGCUUGAAUCACCAGCUACCAAGACUGUGAAUCUGAGAGAGGAACUUGAUAGUGUGUGUAGACUUAAUCAUUUGUUAAAGGAGCAGAAAAGGAGGAUUACAAUGCUUAAGCAUGAGCUGUUGGGAGAAGAUUCAAGAAACAAGAAGCUCUUGAAGCGGUUGCAGAUUAUAAGAGGAGAGAAAGCUAAUGAAAAGAGAAAGGCUAAGAAAGAUAACAAGGUACAUGUGAAUACAGAAUGCCAAACUACACUUUCACUGGGUAAUGAUUUAGACAUAAAUAUAGAAAGCAUGAAAAAUUUGCAAACUGCUUUGGAAAUAGAAAAACGAGUAUCAGAAAGCUUUAGCGAGAAGCUGUUAUUAGAACAGAAAAAGUCACUGAUUUUAGCCACCGGCCUUAAACGAGAGUAUGAAGAGUGUUCAAAAGACUUGGAAUAUCAACUCUCACUCUUUGCUUGGGUUGCAGAGAAAUACAGGGCAAAGAUGCAUAGGGUUGAAGAGUUGACUGCUCUGAGUGUGUCCAGUGACACAGCAGAAGAAGACAUGUUUGCUGAUGGUCAAGGACAGGAAGCUCAGGAAUAAUUUAAUCCUUCAGUUGAUUGGGUGUACAGUACCGUAUAUUUAGUAUGUAUUGCUGUAAUAACUUUGAAAUGCAGUACAGUACUGUAUAAUGUUUAAUAUCAGGUUUAACGUAGUGUACACCUUGGUAAGGCACCUAUUAUAAAAGACCAACUAUUAUUAUUAUUAUUAUUAUUAUUAUUAUUAUUAAAGAACUUACAAAAAGAGUAACUGUGUUAGGGUGUGUUAAUACUAUACUGUACAUCACUGU